AUGGCAGGACAAAAUGCUCUAUCAUGGCCAUUAGCUCUGCUGGUUAUUUUUCUGCUUCUUGAAGCUGUGGUACAAGGAAGGUUACUUGAUGGAGAAGUCAAUAUGGGCAAUGAGAUUCACAGAACGAACCGGGGAAAGGCCGGAUAUCAACCCCUUGCUGGCGGUUAUGGUGGAGGCUAUGGCUAUGGUUCAGGUGGCGGCACCGGAGGAUGGAGUAGUCCGGCAGGAGGAUAUGAGAAAGGAGGUGGUGAAGGUGGAGGUGGGGGCAACGGCCAAGGAGGUGGUUCUGGAUUUGGGUCUGGGUCAGGGUCAGGGUCGGGGUCGGGAUCGGGAUAUGGCGGUGGAGGCGGAGGUGGUCAUUACAAGGACAUUACAGAACAUAUGUCUUAA